UCAGGCCCAAAGCCUCCCGUUUCCCACAGUUAGCAUGGUUAGAUGAUCCACCGUCCUGCAGAAGUCUUCAUUAUUUUCUUAUCCUGUCCUUGUUUGAGUCUCGGAUGUUUUUAAAAUGUCCGUGUUUCAGGAUCGUUCAGAUUUCCCUGAGGAGGUCCAGCAGGUUACAGUAAAGGAAGAAGUUCCCCCUGAGAAUCAGGAGGUUACUAAAUCCCUGCAGAUUAAAGAGGAACCAGUGGAAUUAAAUAUCAAUCAGAAGAAAGAUCAGCUUCAUGGAGCAGAGGAGGAUGAUAUCAUCAAGUUCACUUUUUCUCCUACCUUUGUGAAGAGUGAAGAUGAUGAAGAGGAACCUCAGUCCUCACAGCUUCAUCAAAGACAAACUGAAGAAUUAAAAACAGAUGAUGGAGAGGACUGUGGAGAACCAGCAGCAGUCGGGUACUCUGAUCCAGAGAGAGAUUUGCAUCCAAAAACUGAGGUCAAGACUGAAGACUUUUCUGAGGCUGAAACUGAUGACAGUGCUGAUUGGGAGGAAACAACAGACCACCAGUCAUAUUCAAAACCAGUAAAAAAUAAGAGAAGAAGGACUAAUAAGGAAUUACAUAGCUGUUCUGAGUGUGGUAAAGUAUUCAAGCACAAAGGCCAUCUCAAAGAUCACAUGAGAAUUCACACUGGAGAGAAACCCUACGUCUGCUCAGAGUGUGGUAAAAGAUUCAACCAACAAGGGAACUUGAAUAAACACAUGAAUACCCACUCCAAAGACAAAUCAUUCAAAUGUUCUGAGUGUGGAAAAGGAUUUAACCAGAAAAGAAACCUGACCAAACACAUAUUUGUUCACACUAGGAAGAAGCCCUUUAGCUGCGCUCUGUGUCGUAGAGGAUUUGGGCGAAAAGAAAAUCUGACCAGACAUAUGAAGACUCACUCAUGGGAGAAACCUGAUCACGGUGUAAGUCAGUCCCUGGUUUCUCCUCCUGAGUCAUCUGGCGGUUUGCCAGGACAUUCUUUGGGCCAGUCAAAAGUCCUUCUUCAUAUCCUCCCUAAAACUCCUCCAACACCCAGAAUUUUGCUUCUGCAAGUACCAGCGGCACAGCCCUCAGGGCCAUCAGAUAGUCUCCUGCUUCUAAAGACCCCUGGGUAAGCUACGCUCAGGAGGAUUUCUGCCUCUUGUCCAGCCACCAACAGAUUAUUGGGCUCUUCUGGUCAUAACUCCUAGCAUCUGCUUCCAUAAUGGAGGCUGGGAUCGUGGACCAAUCAGACUCUGUGUGCCACUUCUAGAGGUGGGAGUUGAAAACCUCCUAACAGAAGCCUUCCCAGCUGACUCUCGCUACCUGCAUAAAUGUACCAGAUAAGCCCAGCAGACUCAACACCUUGUGAGGACCACAGAUCUGAUGAUGUUCACUGGUGUAAGAGGUGUGCAGAUAAACAUCCUAGUGUCCAAAUAUUGUAGUUAUUUAUGCAGAAGAAUCUCUGCGACACCUCCAGACCCUCUUUAACUUACUUAAAUGAUUUCAUUCAUUGACCAACAGGCUGUAGCUAAAGAGAAAGAAAUCUUGUAGAUAGCCUUAAUAUGAAGGCACACAUAUUCAACACAUUAUAGGAAAUUAAGUUUGAUUGUACUGGUCAGUGACAAGCAAAACUGGCUUGAGGAUCAAUAAUACAAAGAAUUGGGGCAAAAUCAUGUCCAUGAACUAGGCUCAAAAACCAUAAUAUUGAAUUUUUUGUCAUUUUUUCACACUCCUAGCAUACUGUUCUCAGGGCAUUUUUAAAAUCACUAUGUUCCACAGAGCAGCACCUUCCACAGACUGGUAAUGCUGAAAAUUAAUCAACUUUUGGAGGCAACUGGAGAGGUUUCAGUUCACUUUGUUUCCAUACCUUUUUUUAAAAAAAACUUCACUGACAGCCAGAGAAGACCCCCCUGAUUUGUCACUGUUCCCGUUGGCCUCUCCUUUCCAUCUCUGGUGGGUUUGAUCAUGAUUUGGCGAAGGCAUUAACAGCCUGCAAUGUUGUUGCUUUUAUUUUACUCUGUGAUGGAUGACAAAGUUUGAAAACUAUGAUGCUGAGGUUUGACUUUAAAAGGAGUACAGUCUGGAGCUGCUCUUGUAAACUGUCUUUUUAUAACUUGUCUAGAUUUGGCUGUAUAGAUUAAAAAUGUCCGUUCAUUGACAGAAAAUGAAAUUAUUGUGGUGUAAACUAAAAUCAAAUAAUUUAA